AUGAGUGUUUGCCUUGGCACGGAUCCGUCUCCGCAACUGUUUGCAAGUUGGGCUAAGAAACAGGGCAUCUUUCUCCACCCCGAUGUAGCCUUUCUUGUUCCUACCAAAACAAUGGGAGCAGGUGUGUUCGCUCGGAGGCAGCUUCCAAAGGAAACUGUUAUAGUCAGCUGCCCAUUCAGCAGUUCCAUUUCGCCGUAUGCGGGGCCUUCCACCGUUGAAGCUCCCUGUGUGAAAGCACUUAAUGAUACCCAAGUAAAAGAUAAUGUAUUGUACGUGACACUGCGCUUUAUGGCAGAAGUUCUGCGGCCUUCAUCGCCUUGGGUACCGUGGCUUAAAACGUGCCCGCGCAUGUUAGACCACCUUUUUGGCAAUGUGAUUGAUGAUAAAGCGUUUUGCUCUGCUACAUGUACCUCAUUAGGUACUGUUUCGACACGGUGGACAUGUCUUUCGCAACAACUGCUCGAGAUGAAUGUUUCCCAGCGGUGGGGUCUUGCAGAAGAGAUUAUGAAACGCUAUCCCGAACACUGGCCGGAGGAUCGCGCUACGUUUCCUCUUUUUUGUGAGUGUCUGGCCCUGGUGCUCUCACGUAAUUUCCACCGGGAGAACGUUGAGGGCCGUGAAGGUCCUUACUUACUCCCUGGUCUUGACAUGGUCAACCACUCCUUUGAGGCGAACGCAAUCCUGGAAAUCCGUGGGGGCGGACGCAAGCAUAGUUUAACCUUUUGUCUGGUCGCCUCCAAAGAGUUACGUCGUGGAGAGCAGGUGCUUCUUUCCUAUGGAAAGAUUGGCGCCGCACGGUUUGCCGUGGAGUUCCAGUUCGUCACGGAUUCUGUUGUAGGGGAGGAUAUGCUUCGAUUUUCCGUUGAUGUAAUAGUGGACAUAGUUGCAGCUAUUAUGGCAUCGGGUGAAAGCACAAACGACACAGAAUCGAACGUAAGGAUGUUGCGGCAGCGCGUGGAGCGACUACAGCGCCUUGGGUUUCUCUUCGAUGAGGGUCUUUACAUCUCACGAUUACCACGCACCUCAAUCAACCGUGACUUAGAUGCUGUCGGUAGUUCGUGUUCUGCCUCCACUUGGGGUGCCGAGAUCGCACCUGCAACCGUUAAAGAUGUUCAGCGGUUCUUUAAUGUUUUCCAUCUUAUGACGGUAAGCACUGGUGAGUUUGACCAUCUAAUUCACACCAUAAACCGGGAUUGGCAGGUGAAGCGCACAGAUGCCUUGAUGACCCUAGCGUCCAGGGUGAUAGCUAUGCGAGCAGAAGCAGCUCAUCUGCAGCUGAAUUUGGUUCAAGAGCAGUUUUCAGGGGAGGAACACUCCUCUCGUCGUAGGCUCAUGGAAACUGUUCUGAACUCUGAGCUGCAGAUGCUGGAUACACUUCAGGAGUACGUGAAAGGAAUGUGUUAA